AUGCCUUCCGUCGCCGAGAUCCGUCAGCCUCCGCCUACCACCAUGCUUCCUCCUGCGAAACGGCCCAAGAUGGAGGCGUCGACUCCCAUCGAGGUUGAAGCGGUCGCUGCAGACUCGACUUCGUACCAAGACGUCGCCCCACUCCCCGAAACCAAGGAGAGCGAGCGCGUAGACGACCUCGAACCCAUCCCCGCCUGCACCUCGACGCUCGAGUACCGCAACGGCAUCUUCCUCGCUCCCAUGGUGCGAAUCGGCACGCUUCCGACUCGUCUACUUUCCCUCGAAUACGGCGCCGACUUGGUGUGGGGUCCCGAGAUUGUCGACCGAGCCAUCAUCGGGUCUGAACGAAAAGUCAACCCCGCCACGGGCGUCGUCGAGUUUCUGAAGGACCACAAACAGAUCUUCUCGUGCCAUCCCAUGGAGCGACCCUAUCUCGUGUACCAGCUCGGAUCGGCCGAUCCGGAGCUUGCCUACCAGGCCAUCAAGACCAUCACACAGGCCGACGACGUCGCUGCUGUCGACCUCAACUGCGGCUGUCCCAAACCCUUCUCCACCCACGCGGGCAUGGGAGCUAACAUGCUCUCCACCCCCAUCUUGCUGUGCAACACGCUCAAGGCGAUGCGUCGCGCUGCGCCCGCUCACGUCGCUGUGACGUGCAAGAUCCGUCUCCUGCCUACGCAGGAGAAGACCAUCGAGCUGGUGGACAAGAUCGUGCGCACUGGCGCUAUCGAGUGUCUGACCGUCCAUUGUCGCACCAAGGACAUGCGCCCACGCGAACCGGCGCUGCUCCACCGCCUGCGCGAGAUCGUCGACCACGUCAACACCGUCGCUGCCGAGAUGGGCCGCACCGUCCCCGUGGUGUGCAACGGCGACGUGUGGGACGCCACCACCGCCCCGCGCAUCAAGGAGCUUACUGGCGUCACCUCCACCAUGAUCGCUCGCGGUGCCGAGGCCAACCCCUCAUGCUUCCGCCCAGAAGGCAAUCUCAGCCUCCCCGAGAUCAUCGCACCUAAGUGGGUGCGCUACUCGAUCGCACUCAACAAUCCUAUUGGGAACACCAAGUACUGCAUGUCGCAGCUCGCGCUCAAGCCCGCCGAGGCGGGCAAUGCGAAGCAUGUAAGCAAGAAGCAGCUGAGCGCGCUGCGGAUGGGGAUUGCACAAGCAAAGACGCAGGAGCAGCUCGCGGCGGCGUUCGGGAUCGAUGCCGAGGAGGUCAGGGCGCAGGAUGUUGAGAAGGAGGUUCUGAAGGAUCUGCGCGAGGCGCUGGAUGCGAGGAUUAAGCAGCAUGCGACCAGUCAUAGCGGAUCCGGCUUUGAUGGGCAGCGUCUCGGAGCUGUGAUCGGCAAUUCGAGCGGUUCUUCCGGUCCAUCGUCGGGUGGACAGCAGGCAGGAGACGGCCACGCCUCGGGUCCAGACCAGAAGAAGGCUACGUCCAACUCGCCGCAGCCCGACUGGAAGGAGAUCCUCGCCAAGAGCAUCGGCGAGAACAUCAAGGACGAAAAGUCGAUCCUCUACUACGCAUUCUCGACUGUCGAGCCGCCCAGCUCGGUGCACGAUGCAGCCAAGCCGCACGUACGCUACGUCGUCCACCGCGGCUUCGUCAACGAGAAGCGGGAUGGUGAUGCCGAGGGAGGCGUUGCGUCUCAGAACCCGGCUUUCGGGUCUAGCCCGUGCCUGAUGACGACGACCGACGUGCGCACGCCCAAGGUGCAGCAGCUGACCUCGCAGAGCAGCCUCCGCUCGCACGGCGAAGAUGGUAGUCGCGGCGGCGAGUGCGAGAUCGCUUGGUGGAUCGAGAGCACCCAGAUGCAGUUCCGAAUCUCCGGCACGGUCCACGUGCUGCCUACGAAGGACCACCCGCUUCGAUCGCUGUUCCCCUUCGAGCGCCUGUCGCCACCCAGGGCGCCGGACGCCAUGGACUCCGACGAGGCUUUCGACUGGGACGGAGAGCGCACCAGGAUCUUCAACAAGCUCAAUGCUGGUCUGCUCGCAUCCUUCUGCAGACCCACGCCUGGAACGCCGCAUCCCAACGCCGCAAAGCUCGACUCGGCCAAGCCUAAGGACGACACCAGCUCGCCCUGGCCCCUGGAACUGCCCCAGCCUGGUAAGGAGGAGAACGACAAGCAGAAGGAACAGCUCAAGGAGAGCGAGAAGAACUUUGCGCUCGUCGUCGUCGAGCCGUACAAGGUGGACCUCGUCAAUCUGGCUGAAGAUACGAGGACCAUCUAUGAGCUGGUGUCCGGCGAGAAUGCGGCCACGGGCAAGUGGACCAGUCGCCGUGUUGUGCCCUAG